GAAGUGCUCGGCUCAUCCACAUUACAUCAGGGUUUCAGUUCUACUAUGGGAAAUAACCCCAUCAUUACCCUGUGACGGGGCCGCCCGGUUCCUCCUGAACUACCAGCCCACCGCUCCGUGAGAGGGCGGUCGCCCCCAUGUUGGAGGGGCGGUAGCCUGCAGCUUUUCUCCCCUCUUGUCGUCACGGCAGCUUUUUUAUUCAGUCAGUGCCUGUGAGCCCGCCGGCUGGUUGGACCACCGACUCCUCUGAAACCCACACUUUAAAUAAAGCAACCUAAUCUGGAUAAUACGCGGUUAUUACCAAGAUGGCUACGGACAACUUUGAAAUGAACGGUGAUGCUGACCGGAACGGCGAAGCGGAGGUCCCGCUGCGGAGACCCUGGAGGAGGCAGCAGGAACCUCUGAACAUGAACCAUUAUGCCAAUAAGAAGAGUGCAGCGGAGAGCAUGCUGGAUGUGGCUCUGCUGAUGGCUAAUGCCUCACAGCUGAAGGCCGUGAUGGAGCAAGGACCAGACUUCAGCUUCUACGUGCCCCUCAUCACGCUCAUUAGCAUCUCCCUCAUACUACAGAUCGUAGUGGGAGUUCUGCUCAUCUUUAUUGUGAAGUGGAACCUGAAUGAUGAGAGCAUGCACUACAAGCUGAACAUCAUGGAGAACUUUGCCACAGCCUUCGUCUUCAUCAUAGUGGUGGUCAACGUCUUCAUCACAGCCUUUGGUGUGCAGCGGCCCAACACACAAGGCUGAUGCCUGCUGAUCAACUUAGUACAGAUGGACCUCUACAUUAUUUAUGCAAAUGAGCAGGAUAUUUAUUCACCAAAUUAAACGGCAUGCAGGUGCACUUGCCUUUCUGUAAUCUAACCUCCAAGGCUUCAGAAGACCCGACACAUCCUGAGGAUCAGGUGACAUUGCGUGUGUAUGUCUGUGUGUGUGUAUUGAAGGAGUUCUUCCUUCUCUAUGGACAAAUGUGUGGUCACUUUUUAUUUCACUGUGUGGCUACCCAGUUUGUUACCUCUUUUCUUGCUCAGGUUACUGAUGCAAAUACAUUAUUACCUUUACUUACAGAACAAACAUAUCAGGAGCAAUAUACUGCGUGUCAGUCACAACCAUUAUGAAUGUUUCAUGAACAAAAACAUGUUCUAGUACUGUUAUUUUAACAUGAGUCAGUAUCUGUCAGUCUAAACCUGCAUGUGUGCCUACAUCUCUAGGAGAAUAAAAGAAAUAAAUCACCACAGCAUCAUCCAAAUGACAUUCUUCGCAGUAGGUGAAUCAGGAGCCAGCCUGGCCUACUGCUGCUCGUGAGGCAUUACAUGAUACAACAGCUUUAUUAUGUGGGCAGACGUACGUUUACAUUAUUAUAAACCUCGACCAACUAAUGAAAUGGACCUUACAUGCUCUGUUUUUUAAGUGCUAUUCAAGUAUAGUUUGUGAUGUGUAGAGUGAUUUAUGCUAGUGUUUGUUUAUUGACGUAUAUAGUGCACUGUGUUUCUUUCAGGCCUUUUAUCACAUUUUUUAAAGACCAAAAACUUACAAAGCUUUUUCAACAUGAUCUUGUAUUACACACUGUGACGACUAUUUUAAAUGAAUUUUAUAAAUAAACCACAAAAGU